AACAAUAACAUCGAACCCAUCUCACUCAGAUAACGUUAAUAAAAAUGGCGACUAAUCUAGUAUGCUCCUUGCUCCUGUUAUUCUUUACUUUAGUCUUAUCAGUCCUUUCCCCAGCUCGAUCGGCCACAGGCUCCUCCCCCUCCACCACCCUGAUCGACUGGUGGUGUGACCACACACCGUACCCUGUCCAGUGCAAGUCGUCCCUACAGAAUGUCCAACCAACCAUACUCCCUAGGCGGCGGUCUCAGUUCAGAAAGAUGGCGAUUGAUGCUGCAAUGAAAUGGGCCCUACAGGCCCAGAGCCAUAACAAGUGGCUUGGUAGCAAGUGUCGUAACCACAAGGAACGCGUCGCAUGGGCCGACUGCAUGAUGCUAUACCAGUCAACCAUUGCGCAGCUGAACCACACGACCGAACCGGGGACCAACGCCACGCCCUUUGACAUACAGACAUGGCUGAGUACCGCCCUCACGAACCACGAUACCUGCCGUGCUGGGUUCAAUGAGCUCGGUGUCUCUGACUAUGUGCUUCCACUCAUGUCGAACAAUAACAAUGUCUCAAAGCUUAUUAGCAAUGCUCUGGCCAUCAACAAUGCCACCCUUACGCCUCAAACAAAUAGCACUACGACCAAAGAGGGCUUCCCGAGUUGGCUAUCGACUGGUGAUAGGAAGCUACUGCAGUCGUCAACACCGACAGCAAACCUCGUGGUGGCCAAAGACGGGACGGGGAACUUUAGGACAAUUCAGCAGGCCAUCGAUGCAGCAGCGAAGAGGAGCAGCAGCGGGAGGUUUGUGAUAAAUGUGAAGCGUGGGGUUUAUGAGGAGAACAUAUCCAUUGGCAGCGGAAGCGGGCUGAAGAAUAUAAUGCUUGUUGGUGAUGGGCUGCGCUACACCAUUAUCACCGGCAGUCGUAGCGUCGGAGGCGGCUCCACCACCUUCAACUCCGCCACCGUGGCUGUGACGGCAGAUGGAUUUAUUGCUCGUGGAAUCACCUUCCGCAACACUGCAGGACCACAGAACCACCAGGCAGUGGCGCUGCGAUCAGGCGCUGAUCUCUCGGUCUUUUAUCGGUGUGGCUUUGAGGGAUAUCAGGACACGCUCUAUGUGCACUCUCAGCGGCAGUUUUACAGGGAAUGCUACAUCUAUGGCACCGUGGACUUCAUAUUUGGGAAUGCCGCUGCCGUGCUCCAGAACUGCAUGAUCUACGCAAGGAGGCCCAUGAGUGGGCAGAAGAACGUCGUUACAGCUCAGGGUCGUACUGACCCGAAUCAAAACACAGGAAUCUCAAUCCAUAACUCGAGAGUCAUGGCUGCACCUGACCUCAUGCCGGUGCUCAGCUCAUUCAGAUCAUAUCUAGGUCGUCCUUGGAAAGAGUAUUCUCGCACAGUUUUCAUGCAGACCUACCUCGAUACCUUAAUAGAUCCUGCAGGGUGGUUACCAUGGGACGGUAACUUCGCCCUGGACACAUUGUACUAUGGAGAGUACAAGAACCUCGGCCCAAGAAGCUCUACCACUGGUAGAGUCGCCUGGAAGGGUUAUCGUGUCAUACAGAGCUCUACAGAAGCUUCCCAAUUUACUGUCGCCAACUUCAUAGCCGGUCGAUCGUGGCUACCUGCCACUGGCGUGCCGUUCACUGCAGGCCUUUAAAUAUGAACUUUUUUUUCUUGGAGUCGUAAUAUGUUUUUUUUUUCGGUUACAAGGAAGACUUAUGGACCUAGUGAAUUAAAAUAGAAAUCCUAAAUAUCUAAUAAAAGGGCACAAGUAGUCCCACUGGGUAUCGAACCUAAGACCUCUUGAUCACUAGGUGAGAGGUGUACCACUGUACUAUUCCCUCUCUUGAUACUCGUAGUAUGCCAUUUUGAAGUGUAUGUUCGUACCAAAUUUCUCAUGACUCUAAGGUGGUGUUGAUCAA